AUGCGCUCCUACGGCGACAAGCCCAAGGAGUUCUUGGCGCUGGUGCCCCGGGGCCUGCUGCCGGCCAUGGAGCUGGACGGACGGGUGAUGACGGAGUCCCUGGACAUCAUGUUUACCAUCGAACGGACCUUCCCAGAUCCGGACAAGCCAAUGUUCCCCACGGACAAGGCCCUGCAGAAGCGCGCCAGCGACCUGCUGAACCUGGAACGCCAGCUGUUCGGUGCCUGGUGCUCCUUCCUCUUCAGACCGGAGAUGCCCUUCAUCGGCGGCAGCGAGCAAGACUUCACCGACACCCUGCAAGCGGUGGACGCCGAGUUGGGUCGAUCCGAGUCGCCCUUCUUCCUGCCGUACCCGCACCCCACCAUUGUGGACAUGCAGUACGUGUCCCAUGUGGAACGAGCCGUUGCCAGCGCCAUGUUCUACAAGGGUUAUGACAUCCGCAAGAAGUUCAAGAACAUCGAUCGAUGGCUUUCUGCCUACGAGGAGCUGCCACACUACAUGGCCACGAAAAGCGACUACUACACCCACUGUAUGGACAUUCCGCCCCAGUACGGGCCCUGCUUCUCCAAUGACAGCGACUUGGCGCGGCGAGCGCGGGAGCUGAUCGAGCCGAAGGAGGCCUCCUUGCCGGUGCAGUGGCAGAGCGACCUGGAGCCCCCCACCGAGCUGCAGCGCCGGAGCCCGGAGCAGGACUUCCGCGUGGAGGCCGCCCUGCGCCUCAUCGAAAACCGGGAGGCGGUGACCCGUUUCUGCUGUCGCGGGGCGGGCCCUGACGUGGGCGCCUGGGCGCGCGGCAACCCCACCAAGUGUCAGCUCGCAGACCCCUAUGCCAGGCCCAACUUGGACCUUGCCCCUGCUGUGAAUGCGGUGCUGCGGGUCGUGUCAGCUGCGCUGCUGCAAAACGACCCGGCGGAAGUGCAGGGCAUCAAGGGCCACUUGGCGGCUGAGAAGCUUGAAGCGGAUCCCAAGGAGGUGGCCAAGUGUAUCGCCUACUUACGCGACCGGGUGGGAUCGCCCAGAGAUCUCUCCAUGCCCGCAGCAAAGCUCCUGCGGGGCCAUUUGGCGGAGGCCGUUCGGAAGGAAUCUGCAAGCUCCGCCCGCUCGACGCGGCCAAAGUGGCGGCUCUGCUUCAGGCUGGAUCGCCGCAGCGCCUCGCCCAAGGAGUCCUUGGAGGACCUGGCACCGAAGUACCAGCGGGACUUCUUCCUCACAGUCAUCGAUCCGCCCUGCCGCGGCGCCUUUCGGCAGAACCCCCCGGCGCCCUUCUUCGCCUCGAGGGCUGCUUGUCAUGUAGCCGACCUUCUUGCUAGUCGACACAUGAUUGCUCAGCUGCCGGGCCGCAGCUUCGAGCAAAAGGCUGUGGCAGUGAUCGGCUCGGAGUGCCUGGCCGCGGGCCUGGUAGCGGCCACCUUGGGCGCCAAGGCGCUCUUCGUGUGCGAGCGCAGCUUGGAGCAAUACUACCAGCACAACCUGCGCUUGUUUCGCAGAGAUACCCUGGACUACACGAAGACCAAGUCCAAGAUUUUGGCGGUUUAUCCUUGCAGCCCGGGCAGGACGGGGGGGUUCGACCCCGAGAUGGCGAACAAGCUGCAGGCACCCUCAUUGGAUAUCAUCGUCCUGACAGAAGUGAGCUUGGCGCGUGUCGCUGGCGAGAUGGGUGGCAUUGCUGGCCGCGAGGCGGGCUUCUUCCGGUUCCUUGAAAGCUUGAUCCCUGCCCGGUCCUGCACAAAGGCGUUGGUGGUCUGCGACCAGAGCUUCGCUGAGCUCAUGGAGGAGCCUCGGGACCGGCGCGGUCCCCGUCGCACCGACGAGGAUGUGCCCGCAUGGCUCAAAGGCGAGGGCGCCCCACCAGGCCUUGCCCAGGUGCUACCUGCGGACUGGCAGGCCAGGACCUUCUGCCAGCUGCCCCAAGGCAUCCCCGUGGUGUGGUUGGAGCGCCAAGACGCGGAGCGGGUGAAGCGCCGCGCGCCGCCGCUGGUGUCUCGGCCGCCAAUGCCGCCCAUGGGUGCUUCAUCCUCCAGAUGUGGAUGUGGAGGCCACCUUCAGAGUCCCUUGCUGGGGCAGCGUGUGGAGAAUCAAGAGUGGUUCGCCAAAAACGCCAAGCUCAAAGAGGCGCAUCUUUGA